AUGAGAUCUGCGAUGCUCGAAGCCCGUAACAUACUUCUACAAGUCAAAGAUUACGGACUGCUGUUAAUGUGUAUCGGGUUGCUUUUAUCUGUUUCUGUUGUCCUGCAGUUGUUCUACCUUUUCGUCGCUCGCUACCAGCCGCCGCUCAGCGGUUCAGACUUGUUUCUUGCCGCCAUCGGUUGCCUCGGUCUUUUUGCCUCACAAUGCUCCAGCAGUUUUGUGGAGCAGGAACCUCAUUUGUGGUACUUUUUCUUCGCGUCAACGGUGUGAAUGCUAAUUGCACCGCGAAUGGCAGCCGUCGUUGUUGCUGUGCUGCUUUUGUCAAGCCAGACUGCUUCUCGUGCUUCUCUUUUGUCCGCAUCCUCGAUGAUAAUUGCAUUACUGUUAACACGACUCGAGAUGACCAUCGUCCUGUUCGUUUCCGUUGUCCAGGAAGUUCUUCUCAACCGACUUUGUCACCUGCUGGAGCUGAGCCUCUACGACCGGGUAGUACUUUACUACCUGCUGGCCGGAACUUUGUACUUUUUCAAGGGAUCCACAAACAGCCUCGGUACCGUAGAUUUUUCUGCAGCUUAUACGGGUCUGGCUUCCUAUCAGCCGUUGAUAAUCAUGAUGAACAUCAUCGCGAGUAUAUACUGCUGCUCGUUUUGGAUAUGGACGGCAUUCCUUAGAAGAACGUCGCAAAGCACCCGAUGGUCUGGCAUCUGUUGCGUUCUUUUCCUUAGAUCGCUUUCGAUUACAAUGUGCUUGCUGUUCACCAUAAUAUUGCGGUACCACGCAUUCAUCUGGAGCGUUUUCAUUCCUAAACUUUUGUAUGAGUGUUGUCACACGGCUGUCACCUCGUUCGUAGUUUUCUUAGCAACUGUAUUGUGGCAACCUUCUAAUACCGUUGAUGAAUGUCUUGGAUUGAAAGUUAAAGCUGAAUUGUAA